UCUCGGAUUGGAAUUUAGAUAAGAUAUGUGAUAAAUAUUUAAAAGUUGAACAAUCUCCCGAGUGAAAUUUACUCAACCGAACAUGCCCAAUUAGUUGACCUUGCUGCGUGUAGCGACUACUAAUUGUUGUCUAAAAAAUUGUCUCGUCAUUCGAAGUAAUAAUUCGUGAUUGAGAAGAAGGCACGAAUUUAGUCGGUUCACGGUAGUUUGUCAAUUUUUUGUUGUUUGUGUUGCGUUACAGAGCAAAAUAGUCAAAUUUUGUGAAGUGAGAAAUCAUCAUGGUUGCUCAAACCGCCCAUCGGAAAGUCGUGCUCUUUGCGACUCUCGGGAUUGCCUUGGCCACGAUUACGGCAGGUAUCGUGGUCUGGCAGACGUACGAUCCAGAGAGGAGUCGACAACUUCCUGUUUUCCCAGAACCUUCACCCUCGCCGAUGGGACAGUACGACAGAGCGGCUGUGAGUUGCGAUGCGCCAGUCUGUGCCGACAUUGGGAAGGACGUCCUACUUGAGGGAGGAACCGUGGUGGACGCCGGGAUUGCGACCCUCCUUUGCAUGGGCGUAAUCCAAACGCAAAGCAUGGGCGUGGGUGGGGGCUUUCUCAUGGUUUUGUACAACGCCACGACGAGAACCUCCGUGGCUCUCACAGCUCGAGAAAAGGCACCCCUCCUCGCCUUCGAGGACAUGUUUGAAGGGAAUCCUAACAUAUCGGCACGUGGCCCGCUGGCCGUCGCUGUUCCCGGAGAAUUGAAAGGUUACUGGGAAAUGUAUCAACGUCACGGGGGUGGCGUCCCCUGGUCACGACUCGUCCAACCCACCAUCACCUUGUGCGAGCAAGGUUUCAAUGUUUCCCGCCACGCCGCCAACGCUCUCGCCGGCCAAUCCGAACGCAUCAAGACGACGCCCAGCAUGGCGGAGAUUUUCAUUAAUAACGCGACGGGAGAGGUGUGGCGGGAAGGGGACAGGAUGAGGAGACCCGCGCUGGCGAGGACGCUAGCCGCCAUCGCGGGCGAUGUCGACGGGGGCAACCUUCUCUACAUGGAUACGCUCCUCAUGCGCAAUUUUGUCGACGACUUGAGAGAUCUGGGGGGAAUUAUGACGUAUCAGGAUAUGCUGAGUUAUACGAAAAUUCGUGACAUGGAAUCUCAAGGGAAACAAACCGCUGUAGAGAUCGCACUAACUAAUCCGAUGAUUUUAACAGAAAUAUUGCAACAGAGCUCUGCCCCGUUAAAAGAUUGUCGACUAGUUUGUCACUUUUGGAACGAUAUGGUCCUCACUCUCCCAGAUACGAGACUCGCCUUACGGCCAGUGAAGAAGGACAAAAGGAGAUACGUUUUGAACGACCCGUUUCCAUUUUUCGUCGCAUGCAUCACAUUGGACGACCGACUGGCCAAACGGAUCAGCGCCACAUGUUCCACCUCUUUGAGCGACCCCACCCGAUGCAUUGACUCCUUCGUCACUAAACUAAUAUACAUUUGUGACAAAUUUAUCGACAUCGUCCAAAUUUUGGAGAUUUCCAUCGACUACGAAGAAUGUCUAAAGACGGUCUAUCAGGUUUUGAAAAAUUUCUGUCCGAAUUUGAAACAGUUGCGAAUUACUGCUACCCUAGCUACGAGGUGGAGGAAUCUGUUGGUCGGGUCCGAAAUUCUGCCGGAAUCGUUGCCUGAACCAAAAUCAAAUUUGAUCUCGUUGGCAGUCAGUUCGAAUCAGAUCAGCCCAUUUCUCUCCAGUCUGAUUGAGGUGAUUGUCGCUGCCUCGCCGAACUUGAGGAAUGUCACUCUUCCGUGGGAAUUGUGUCCAAAUUUUGCAAAUUCUAAGCAUCUCGACACCUUAAUGAUAGAAUUGGACCGCACUCGAGCAAUUGAUAUCACUCUGGAGGACGACAAGCUUUCAGUACUCUUGCGAAUGUUGGCUCAAGUCGGUGACCAACUGGUCAGCCUGACUUUUUGUGACCCCCGUAGAAAGGAAGGAAUAGACAUGAACGAUUUCGACAACUCGAAACUAACCGAAUUCCGCUUCCCGAAAAGUAUGUCGAAAUUACGAAACUUCCGGAACGAGAUGGUCGACAUUUUUCAGUGCAGAGAUCUCCUGCGGAAUAUCGAAAGUCUGCCCGUCCUAGAAACCUUGGUAAUUGGAAAGACGUCGAAAAGGUCCAACUGUGUGGAUGAAAUUUUUCGGAGUAUUUUUCACACUGACAAGAUUUUCUUAAGCGUGAAGAACUUAACGAUUCUCGAGAUGAAUGAUCCCACACUUUUGGAGAGACUGAAGACGUCUUUUCCCAACUUGGCGAGCUUGGAGGUGAAGACGUUUUGCAGGACGGAUUACCAAGGGUUCGAGAUUCGGAUGGAGUUAGGCGUUGCGCUCACCGCGUUAGGACGAUGGGAGGGAUUGAAACGUUUACGUUUGUGGGUGCCAUCGGAUCAAGCGGAAAUGAUUAAUGCAAUUCGGGCUUUGUUGGAGGGUAAAGAAUUGUAUAAAGACCUUAAAAUGUUUGAAACUGGAAUUUUUAAAUUGAAAAACAAUUUUACGAGACACGAGCUGACAACGGAGGAGAUGAAUCUGUUUAAACAAUUGCUCUUGGCGAUGAAUAGAAUGGAUGAGGUUAUCAUUUACAAUCUUCCCUUGGGCGAAGAAUCGAUGAAAACCAUAUCGGAUUUUAUGGCGUCAAACAGAUUGGCCACGCCAAAGUUUACGAUAUUGUCGAUAUUUGAAGGGGGAUCGACAAGUUUUGUAAUGUGAAUUUGAUUUUCUGCUCAGAAUCUACGAAACUAUGGAUUUACGUUUGUAUGGAUCAUCCCUUUAUAAAAAUUUAUGACUUUGUGAGGUCUACGUAAAUAUGUGGGUGUGUUUAUUGAUAAAUUUUUUGUAUGUUCAAUAAAUUAAUGUGUUCAAAGUUGGUACAUAAAUCUUACUCUUUAUAAAAAUAUA